UCCUGAUGGGUGACAAGCUAGCGGUUGAAGUUCUCAUCAUUUGUUACUAAAUUAAUCAUUAAAACGUAAAUAUACUGCGUGAUUGAUGGGCGGCGGCUAGCAAUCUGUGGUUUUGGCAACUGGGCUGAAGAUAGUUCAAACAAAAAACAAAAAAAAAUGAGCUGAAGAUUAACUGAGCCCCCCCUCCCCCCCCUUUUUUUAUCCAAUCAGAUUGUUCUUGUUCUUAGGCAAGCUUGCAAGCAACGAUUACAUCUAUGGAUGAUCAUGGUCUUCGUCAUGGACGGGAUCAGGGAGAAUCAUCAUCAUCAAUUGAAAUCCAAAAUCAAUGGAGAGAGAUUCAAGAUUUACUUAAAGAGAGGUUGAUAACACAGGAUGAUUUCCCUUGGAAACUGCCCAUACCCAGCAGUAGCGGCAAUGUUGUUGUUGAAGAAGAAGAAGGAACGUUAUUGAAAUAUGUGGGUGGGGUUGAUGUAAGCUAUUCUAAGGAAUUAGACUCAGCAGCAGCAGCAGCAUCAACGGCAGCAUGCGGAUGUGGAAGCCUUGUUGUUUUGGAUGUCACCACUCCCACACUGCAAGUCGUCUACCAAGAUUUCUUUCUCCUCACCAAUUUCGAUGUCCCUUAUAUUCCUUCCUUCCUUGCUUUCCGAGAGGCUCCAAUACUCUUACAACUCUUACAGAAGAUGAAAAACACUGACAAUCCAUUCUACCCCCAGUUACUGCUUGUUGAUGGCAAUGGUUUGCUUCAUCCUCGAGGUUUCGGCUUGGCUUGCCAUCUUGGUGUCCUGGCUAAUAUCCCCACCAUUGGCAUAGGAAAGAAUCUGCAUCAUAUUGAUGGUCUCACUCAAUCUGGAGUGAGACAGCUUCUUCAGGCCAAAGAUAACAGUGGUGAAGAUUUUAUUACUUUGACGGGAUCCUCUGGCUGUGUAUGGGGAGCGGCAAUGAGAUCAACCAAGGGCUCAUGUAAACCCAUAUAUAUUUCUGUUGGUCACCGUGUCUCUCUCAAUACUGCCAUCAAAAUUGUGAAAAUGAUUUGCAAGUAUCGUGUGCCAGAGCCUAUCCGGCAGGCUGAUAUAAGAUCAAGAGACUACCUCCAAAAGAAUAGUUGUGGGAAUGGUCGAACAUUGCAGUAGCUUGAAUUUGGUGAGGACUUGUGUUUUUUUUUUCCUUCACUAUUUAUUGUCAUCACUCUUCUACUGAGAGGUGAUCAAAUAACCAGAAUUGAGUUUGAAUAGAUGGCAAGUAUGAGGGUAAAUGGGCAUAGGCAAUCAAAGUGGAUAUUCCAGAGCAGGGGUGAGAGCGACAAGACUUAUUUGAGGACACUCUAUGUACAUGCUGCUGCUCUAAUUCUUGAGAUGCUAAUAAGCUCCUAAUUCUUGGACAAAUUUCAGUUUGAGAAGCCAGAGAUAAUUUGGAAAUAUGUUUUCCGCGCACUUUUUUUUCAGCACUUGUAUGUGACACACUGACACUUCUAUUUGUCUCAAUGGCACCUCUGGCUCAGUGUUGCCCACCAGGAUACCGAUGUUCUUGCUUCUUCCAGCUAUUGGGUAUACCAUAAAGGGAUAUAAAGAGAUAGAAUACUCCACUGAGUGAAAAUCUCGUUGCAUCAGUUCCUAAACUCGGACUUUUUAGAUUGAAGGUUGGGGCAGCAUUUUGUAUUUAAUAAACAAAACCCGAAGGAACUGCAAGUUAACAAAAUCUUUGGAUAAGAUUGAUGUGGCUGAUUAUUUCAACAUUACCUCAUUGGCUUGUAGUUUACUAAUAAAUCCCAGGGCCAUGGUAUUUUGAGUUCAUUAAUGUGAUAAGAAUUGUUUAUUUGGGGAAAAUGCACGGAGGAAUUGACAGUUUUUGGA